CAAAAUCUAUUCAAUUAUCCUCUUAUCCAAAAUAUUUCGUUAUCCUGAAACUCUGGAAGCCCUUUGCGGCUGUCAGAACCAGGAAACAAUGGCAUUUCUCCUUCCUCCAUGUUCAUCUUCCACUUCCCAAACACCCUCACCUCUCUCAUUCCAUCCACCCAUUACGUCCUCGUCAAAUCUCUCUUCAACCCAAAUUCCAACCAAAUCCAGCAAUGACUGGAUUUCGAAAUUUCGCUCCAAAUCUUUAAAUUUCGCGCUCUCCGGAGCUCUCACACUCGGACUAUCUCUCUCAGGUGUAGGAGUUGCUCAUGCAUUAGUUGGGGUGAACAAGCCAGAAUUGCUUCCAAAAGUGUUCAGUCCAGUGAUUGAUGUAGCCGGCUUCCUCUCCGAUGGCCAGGAGAAAAGGCUAGCUCAGGAGAUUGCUAAUAUAGAGAAGGAUACUGGAUUCAAGUUGAGGGUUCUUGCUCAGAACUAUCCUGACACGCCAGGUUUGGCGAUCAAAGAUUUCUGGCAAGUGGAUGAUAGAACUAUUGUCUUUGUUGCUGAUCCCACUUUUGGCAAUAUACUAAAUUUCAAUGUGGGAGCUUUGGUUGAUCUAGAUGUUCCACGUAGCUUUUGGAGUCGUCUGGCUGGGAAGUAUGGGAAUAUGUUUUAUUGGAAAGAGAAGGGGGAAGAUGGAUCAAUUGAAGCUGCUGUAACCGCAAUAUCUAACUGCUUGAGAGAACCUGUAGGCUCUAAUAAUUGUUCCGAGGUAUAUUAAUACAAGUGAACCCUGUCCAUUUGUAAAAAGGAUUUUAAAGUAGGAAUGUACCAUCUUGUUAAAUAUGUAUUGACUACUUUUGAGAAAUCUAGUAAUAUUGUUAUGUUGGUUUUAA